AUGUCUGCCAGUGUUGUCUGGGUUAUUGGCUGGUUUCACUUAUGGGCUAGGACAGCAGAAAUGGGCAUUCUGGGAGGGCUAGGCAAGAAGAAGCUUUCAUUGGUCCUACUGAACCCUCUUUUCCUUUCAGGUGACGCCUGGGAGGACUGUUACCAGGAACCUGUGAGUUUCCCAGCGUCAGAGGUGCCAACUUCACAGGCACAGCUUCAGAAAAGCACCCACGUGACCGAGUGUCUGCAGUGGCAGCUGGACCAGCAUCUUGACUGUGGUGACAGCAAACCCAUUCUUGGUCUUUCUUCCAUCAACUGGGCCUUUACCACCAACCCUGAUUCUGGAAACCAAGGACCACUCUUUCUCGGUAAGAAAGAAAAGGGGAUUAGAAAGCUCUGGUCCAUGUGCUGGUCAUCACAAAGCUGUGGGUGGAGGAGGCAGAGGGCCUCUCCCAAACGCGCUGUCGGCCCAGUUGAAACCCGUGACCCUCUACCAGAGUGA